AAUUGCACUUCCUCACUGAGGUACUGACUACAUACGUAGCAAUGGCAGCCCCUAUCAUCCGGCGGGCGUGCAUGUACGUCCCAGCAUCCUCGCAGAAGAUGCUCGAGAAGUCCUUCGCCAUGCACGCCGACAAUGUGACCUACGACCUCGAAGACUCAGUCGCGCCCUCACUGAAAGCUGAGGCACGCUCGAACCUGCGCUCCAUCCUGUCCAAACCACGCCCCGCCGGCAUCAGAGAGAUGUGCGUGCGCGUCAACAGCGUCGAUACGGGUCUCGCGCUCGACGAUCUGACCGAGGUUCUGCAGGGCGAAUACCUCGAUGCCAUCAUGCUGCCCAAGUGCGAGAGCGCCGCGGACUUGCACUUCAUAACGGACGUCAUACGGCACCUGUCGCCGGCGCGACACCCCAGCUCUCCUACAAAGAGUGACAAAGCCGGGAAGAAGCCCGUGAGCAUAAUCGCGCUGAUCGAGUCCGCGAAAGCCAUCCAGAACCUCAAGGAGAUCUGCGAGGCAUCGCCGUACCUUGAUGGCUUGGUUUUUGCUGCCGAGGACUUCGCAAAAGAUAUGAGUCUCACACGCACGCCCUCGCUGACCGAGUUCCUGUACGCUCGCAGCGCGAUUGCGACUGCGGCGCGCGCUGCUCUUCUAUCAAGCACAAUCGACCUGGUGUGCACAAGCUACAAGGGCGAUGCAGGGCUUCAAACGCUCGAGGAAGAGUGUCUGAACGGUAAGGGCAUGGGGUUCAACGGCAAGCAGUGUAUACAUCCCAGCCAGGUUGCUGUGUGUCACAAGGCGUUUAGUCCAGGGGACAAGGAGGUUGAGUGGGCGACGAGAGUGGUGAUUGCGGAUGAGAAGGCGGAUAAGGCGGGAAGAGGGGCGUGGACGCUCGAAGGCAAGAUGAUUGAUGUGCCGGUUGUAAAGAAGGCGCGGGCCGUGUUGAAGUAUGCGGAGGCUUGUGAGAUUGAUGUUGGGGCUGUGAGGGAGAAGUGGAAGGAUCAGGAGCCGGAGUAGCUUCCAUCUGAACCAAGAUAGGUUUCUAUGGUUAUGUCUGAUACCCUCUAUCGCAGCUGAAUUGUUGAGCAACCUUCGUCGAAUGCAUUGCCUCGCUAGAAGAUGUCAAGGGUUGCGCAAAAUGCUUCUACACAAGGUGUUUAAGAUGUGCCCUCAUCGUGCGAUCUAAGCAACAUUUGCAGAAUAUAGGCCAAUAGUCGGUCCUGAAGGCAGGUCAGCAUUGCCACCAUGGAGGUAGUAUAAACAACUAUCGAGCGCAG